AACGAGUUCCCACCGAGGGCGCGCUGUCAAAACGCAUUGCUGCCAACUCAUGACAACUUCCUUCUUUUUCGGUCUUUUCGACGUGAAACGUGCAGAACACCAGAGAGAUGCCUGCUGCAGCAAAGACUGCUCCGGCCGCCAAGGCGCCGGCUGACAAGAAGGCCAAGGUGGCCAAAAAGGAGAAAAAACUGCCGGCGGUGCCGGAAUCCAAGCUGAAGGCGACCAAGGCUAAGGUGAUCGCCCGCCCGGGAAGUCUGCGAAGGCGCCGCCAGCUGCAGGCCGUCAAGCUGCUCCGCCGCAGACAGAACCUGCUGCGCGCGGCCAAGUACACCAAGAAGUACGCCCGCAUGGAGCGUGAGGUGGUGGAGAAGGCGCGCGAGGCCAAGAAGGCCGGAAACAUCUACAUUCCGGCCGAGCCGAAGGUUGCCUUCGUCAUGCGUAUCCGUGGUAUCAACAAGGUCGCCCCGAAGGUCCGCAAGGUGCUGCAGCUGUUCCGUCUGCGCCAGAUCAACAACGCCACCUUCGUCAAGCUGAACAAGGCCACCAAGAACAUGCUGCGCAUCGCCGACCCGUACAUCACCUACGGCUACCCCUCGCUCAAGUCGAUCCGCAGCCUGGUCUACAAGCGUGGCUUCGUCAAGCACCGACACAGCCGCAUCCCGAUCACCGACAACUUUGUGAUCGAGCGCAAGCUGCGUGCCGCGUACAAGCUGCAGUGCGUCGAGGACCUGGUGUACCAGAUCUACACGGCCGGUCCGCUGUUCCGCAAGGUCAACAACUUCCUGUGGCCGUUCAAGCUCAACACCCCGACCGGUGGCUGGCGCAAGAAGAACAACCACUACGUCGAGGGCGGAGACUUUGGUAACCGCGAGGAGAAGAUCAACGAGCUGAUCAAGCGUAUGGUUUAAGAUGUGCGAUGCGAUGAGAGUGUUGAAUAAAACAAAACCAUGAAAAAAAAACUGAAUUAAGUGUAAGAAAAUCCUGUAUGUUUAGUACUUCACUUAUGCAGCAAUCGCGUGUAAGUUGAACACACACA